UCGAAUCCCUUGCAACUUGUUGCUCGUGUGCUGACUUUUUCUUCAUGAGCAUGUCGAUUGCAUGAACGAGCCCUCGGGCUGAUCUCCUCGCACGCCAACCGAACUUGAGCCUAUAGGGCCACAUUCUCUGCUACUGGGUGGACUUCAAACAUUAGGGAAAGAACGGCCUCUAGCCUACCUCAGAAACCCUAUACACCAAAAGACAUGUCAAAGGGCCAAGAGCACCUCAGAGACGAGGGCUCGAAAUCCCAAACGAUGAUCGCCGGUGCCACAGCUGGUGUCGUUUCUCGAUUCUGCAUAGCACCUCUCGACGUCGUCAAAAUUCGUCUCCAACUCCAAACACGCUCACAUCCUCAGCUGAACCCGGGUGAUAAACCUCCAAUAUACAGGAGUACGCUGAGCACGUUCCGGACUAUACUCAAACAUGAGGGUAUCACGGCAUUUUGGAAAGGCAACAUCCCCGCCGAAUUCCUCUACCUCGGCUACGGCGCCGUCCAAUUCACGACCUACCGCACAACCUCCUCCUUCCUCACCUCCCUCACUCUCCCCCUUCCCUCCUCCGCCAACUCACUUAUCUCAGGCUCCAUCGCCGGCGUCGCCAGUACCCUCGCCACCUAUCCCCUCGACCUCCUCCGCACGCGCUUCGCAGCCCAGGGGAAGCAAAAAGUCUAUACCUCGCUCGCGAGCGGUAUCGCGAAUAUAUAUACGCAGGAAGGUGUGAAGGGCUUCUUCAGAGGGUUGGGAGCGGGAAUGAUGAGCAUCGUCCCGAAUAUGGGACUUUUCUUUCUGUUUUAUGAGACUCUACACCCGCCUUUAGUCGACGGUCACCCCGAUCAACGACCAAAAUCAUCUACUCACAAAAUCCUCACCUCCCUCAUCCCCGGCUCCGCCCACGCAUCCGCCGGCCUCCUCUCCUCCAUCCUCUCCAAAACCUCCAUCUUCCCUCUCGACCUCAUCCGCAAACGCCUCCAAGUCCAAGGCCCGACCCGGCAGCUCUACGCCCACGGGCCCAUCAUGCCCCGAUACGACGACGGGCUAGGGAUCAGGGGUACGGUGAAGGAGAUAUUGAGGAGGGAGGGCGUGAGGGGGUUGUAUAGGGGUUUGGGGAUCAGUCUCGUUAAGGCGGCACCGUCGAGUGCGAUUACGAUGUGGGUUUAUGAGUGGGUUAUGGAGGGGUUGAGGAGGGAACGGGAGACUUGA